AUGUUUGGUUUCUGCGUGCGACAGGCGAUCAGGAUCAUUCGUGCCGUCCUGGAGAAGUACGGGACCUACGAGAGCUUCGAAGUGGCCACCGGCGGGAGGCUGCUGAGCAAGUGCCAGAUCUGGUCCGUCAUCCGAAAGUACAUGCAGAAGGAAGGCUGCGUGGGAGAGGUGGUGGUGCAGCUCACCGACGACCUCCUGUCCCAGGCGGUGAUGAUGGUGGAGGACAGCCGGCCGACGCUGGCCAUCAACCUGGCCGGAGCCCGGCAGCACUGGAUGGAGGGUAUGCUGCUCCACGAGAUAGGCACCCACUACCUCCGGGGGGUGAACAACACCCGCCAGCCCUGGCACAGCUCCGAGGGCCGCAAGCAGUACAGCCUGAAGCCCGCCAACCCCACGGAGGAAGGCUUGGCCAGCCUGCACAGCGUCCUCUUCCGCAAGCAGCCCUUCCUCUGGCGGGCAGCCCUGCUCUACUACACCAUCGAGCGGGCCAGCCGCCUCUCCUUCUCCGCCCUCUUCCAGGACCUGGAGCAGUACGUCCAGGACGCCGGCGUCCGGUGGGAGUACUGCGUGCGGGCAAAGCGGGGUCAGACUGACACCUCACGGCCAGGCUGUUUCAGUAAGGACCAGGUCUACCUGGAUGGGAUUCUCCGCAUCCUGCGCCAUCGGCAGACCAUCGACUUCCCGCUGCUGGCUGCGCUCGGAAAGGUCUCCUAUGAAGAUGUGAAUCGGCUGAAAAAAUUUGGGGUCCUGGAGAAAGCCCGCAUCCCCCACUUCAUGCAGGACCUGGAGCGGUACAUGAAGCAGCUGGACCAUAUCGUCACCACCAACGGCCUGAACGAGGAGGAGCUGGAGCAGCUGCUGCCCGACUGA